UCAUCUCCUUGUCCUCACUACAGGGCUCUUUGUAAUGGAGCACCACAGCUUGCCAGAUGUGAAGUCAUCUUUAAUGACUCCAGACCAUCUGGGAGGGAUCGAAUUUGAUCUCCAGCUGCUAUGGAGUGCUCAGACUUUCGACUCUCCCUAUCAGCUCUGGAGGGCAACCAGUUCUUAUAACAGGAAGGACUACUCUGGAGAGUACACAAUCCUCUUAAUUCCUUGUACUGUGCAGCCUACGCAGCCAUGGAUAGAGCCUGGAGACAAGCCUCUGCCCUGUACAGCUCAUGCUCCUGAGCGGUUUUUGAUCCCGAUUGCCUUCCAGCAGACAAACCGCCCAGUUCCUGUUGUCUACUCCCUAAACACAGAGUUUCAGCUCUGUAACAAUGAGAAGGUGUUUCUGAUGGAUCCCACCAAGUCCGAAAUGUCUCUGGCAGAAAUGGAUUACAAAGGGGCUUUUUCAAAAGGGCAAAUCCUGUAUGGCCGUGUGCUCUGGAAUCCUGAACAAAACCUAAAUGCUGCUUACAAACUGCAGCUGGAGAAAGUCUACCUGUGCACCGGCAAGGAUGGCUAUGUGCCCUUCUUUGACCCAACAGGAACUGUCUAUAAUGAGGGGCCUCAGUAUGGCUGUAUUCAACCCAACAAACACCUGAAACACAGAUUUCUCCUCUUGGACCGAAACCAACCAGAAGUCACAGAUAAGUAUUUCCAUGAUGUGCCUUUUGAUGCCCACUUUGCCUCUGAACUGUCUGAGUUUCACUCAGUAAGCAGCAUGCCUGGUGUGGAUGGAUUUACUCUCAAGGUGGAUGCUCUCUACAAGGUGGAAGCUGGACAUCAGUGGUACCUUCAAGUUAUCUACAUAAUAGGCCCAGAGAGCAUUGCAGGGCCUCGUGUUCAGCGAUCCCUUACUCACCACUUGAAGCGUGGCCGCAGGGACCUGGUUGACGGUGAUGGCAGGCUGAUGCUGGAUGACUCCUUAAUCUAUGACAAUGAGGGUGAUCAGGUCAAGAACGGCACCAACAUGAAGUCACUGAUCUUGGAGAUGGAGGAAGCUGUGGUUGCAGCCUCCUUAUCGCAGACAGGUGCUUCCCUUGGGAGUGCAUUUGCUGCUGUCAUGCUGCUGUUGCUGGUGCUUUUGGGAGUCUGCCUUGUCACCAGGAAGUGCCGGAUGCUGCGGAGGAAGAGAGAGGCUGUUCGAGCUGCCCCACAGGAGCACCCUCUGAACACUAAGGUGGAGCUGCCCAAGGGCACAGAGAAGGCAGUGAACAGCCAGUACUGCACCGUGAGGAACAUCAAUAUACUGAGGGAAACAGCAGGCAUCUCCAGUGUCAAAAGCAGGAAGGUGAAGCAGGUGAACUUAGAAGUUAAAGUCCACAAUAAUUUGCACGACGGAACAGAAGUUUAAUGGAGCGCAUCCUUAUGUUUUGUAAAAGCCUUUUAUAACUUGUAAAAAGAAAAAAACCCCACAGAAACAAAAACCAAAAGCUAAGUAAGAGUAUGCUGGUAUUUUUAUACUCUCAUGAAAAAGGAGGAGCUCUGGCUUUGUGUGAUGCACAGCAGCCCAGGCGGUCACUGCUCUGCCUGUAGCUGAACUUCUGCAUCACACACAACUGGUCCAUCUGAUGUUUGAGCAGGGGGGAUAUACUGCAGGGGCAGAAAUGCCCUGGAGAAGGUGACACAGGCCUAUGGCAGGGCUGGUUCAGCCCUCACAAGGAGGAGACCACAGUUCCCUGCAGGACUUUGGAGCACUUUUAGUGAUCUCUGGGAAACUCAAUGUGUUUGUGAAUCCACGUUGUUGAGCUUUGAGCACAACAGUGUGUGCGCCAGCAGGAUGUGGGAGCAGAUUGCCACCUCCCUAGGGAAGAAAGCAAGAGAAGUAAUAUAUCCUCAUGUAACAUCAGAGGCAGAGUGACUUGAUUUGCUUCUUCAAAUGAAGCAAAACUACAAUACAAGUUGAAACUGCAGCGUCAGUGCUCAAUGGGACCUGGGGGUUUGUUCUGCCUGAGCCUUGUGGUGCUGGCAGCUUGGCUGUAGCCCUCUGGGACCUUUGCUACAGUGGUGCUCUCUGGGGUAGUUACGGCAGUUAAGGGACAUGAAUUGUCACAUCUCACGGUGCUACAGAGUAAAGUUUGAAUGUGAACCUA